AUGUCAUGCAUAUUCCUAAUAUUUCUGUCGUAUAUUUCGUUGUAACAGAAAUAGAUUUAUCGCGCUGUUCCAUAAUCGAUGACGGUCAGUAGUUCCCGGAGAUUUGGCACGAAAAUAACGACCGAGGAAACCGGAAAGUUAUGUCACUGUAAUGUUCGUCGAGGUAUAAUUAAAUUAGCAUUUUACUGUUACAGUGGUAGUCGGCUCAUCAACACUCGACGAGGUUACUUUAUAUAGUGAUUUGCAUACAGAAAAAAAAUCAUUUGACAAGUCCGCCUAACGAGAAAAAAAACAUACUCUAAUUGUUAUAUUAUUAAAAGCAUUGUUACAAUUAUAAAUGAGUGAAUUAGUGAUACGCAGCAAUAUAAUAAUUAUAAACCGUUGCGUAUAAAAUGGCGGACUUUGUAACGCGUGAAAUUUGUCAACAAUUUAUUAUAAAACCUCAGGUUGCAGGCUGCGAAAAGGUUAGCGUCAAAGCCGAGCGAUGUUUAACGAUGCAGGGAUGACAUAAAAUACGCGAAUACGAUUAAAAUCCCGCGCUAUUAAUAUCAGCAGCAUUCGGAAUAAAGGAAGGAACCGGCAAAUAAACUACCGAGCAUAACAGCCGUCCUCUGGUCGACUCCUGCCAAUCCAAGUAUCAUUUCCAUGUGGAGACCGAUAAGGAUAAGCUUGGCAAAGACGUAGAAAAAAAAGUCAAUGAUCCGGAUGAAAUCCGGAAUUCCCUGAAGAUCUUUAUGCUAAUGCUGGUCUAGUAUUAGUAUGCCUUACGUAAAGGAACAUCGUAGAACACAUCUCCAUACCAAGGUUCACGUCUGUCAGAUCUGCCGCAAAGGAUCCGUAUGAUGCGCACAGGUACCAUUUCAAGCCUCGCGGAGAUGCAAGUGUCGCACGCUGAUGCCGAUCGAAUCUUGAAAUCGCGCGAGACUUGACGGAAAUCCACGCCGGGUGUGGCGCGAGGGAGGGACCGAUGAUUUAUUCGAUCUUAAACACGGGAUUCCUGUCGAGUCACUGGACCGGGUUCAAUGUCGAAACACGCACGGGGCAAAAACGAGUCUCCGAUUCGGCGGACUCGGCUAGGCGGAAGGCAACAAGGAGGAAGAGAGAACGACAACCGGACAACCUGCAGGUGACGCCGCGCCGGGUCUCGGCACUUUCAACAGGAAAGAGACAUUCAAGUGGAAGACACAAGGACGUGAUGUCUUUCCGAGGAAUUUUUCGUGGGCUUCCGGUGGUAGGGGCGAUGGUCCGGUCUCGUCGUAUAAAAGUCUUCGGGCCCGCUGUUCUCAGAAGAGUCUGGCUCCACCCGAAAACAGGAUCUCAAGCUCAAGAUGGCGACCAAGUGUUUCAUAGUGCUGGCCACUUUGUUGGCCGUUAUCUACGUCCAAGCGGAGUCCGAGCCUGUCAGAGAGGACCAGACCGGGCCGUUAAUCCCUUCACCGUCAAAGGAAGUCAAUGUAUUGCCGAGACAGCACCAGGAGUCAAGCGAAGUGGGCACAUUAGCGAAUACCCGUACCAAGAGAACGCCGCUCCUUCUGGGUGCCGCUCUUCUCGGCAAAUCCGCCCUCCUCGGUGCUGGAGCUCUAGGUGCUGGAGCUCUGGGUGUUGGAGCUCUGGGUGCUGGAGCUCUGGGUGCCGGCAUCGUCGGUGGCAAAAUCCUCGGUGCUGGAUUGUACGGUGCUAAAUACUUUGGUGGCGGAUACGGACGCGGAUACGGUGGAUACGGCGGAUAUGGUGGAUACAGUGGAUAUGGAUAUGGAUAUAAUCCUGGCUACCACUAUCACAACCACUAUUAUGGCUACCCCCGAACUUACUACAAUUAUGGAUCGGGUUAUGGUUACGGCUGGUAGAUUGACUGAUUCAAGCACGUUCACACAAGAAUCUCGCCGAUGAAUGGAACUACAAUAUUGCUAUACAAGUCAUCUGUGCCUCUUACUUCGAUCAUUAUUUAUUAAUAAUGAGAACUGCACAUUUUCCUUCGCACGCAACAUUUAUUACAGAAUUUUGUAUGAUUUUAUAGAAAAAAGUAAAAACCAAAUGUUAUCUACAAGGAACUUUGGUAUCUGUGUGUUCAAUACUCUGAAGCAUCAAUAAAAAUCAAUUAUGCGU